AUGGCUUCAUCAGCUGAGUAUGAUUAUAGUUGUCCUGUGUGUCAUGACAUCUUUAAGACUCCAGUUAUUUUAUCAUGUACUCACAGUUUCUGUAAAGAGUGUCUUCAACAGUUUUGGAGAAGCAAGAAUACUCAGGAGUGUCCCGUCUGCAGGAGAAGAUCCUCUAAAAAAGAUCUUCCAGUUAAUCUGGCUUUAAAAAACUUGUGUGAGUCGUUCCUGAAGGAGAGAAAUGAGAGACGUUCAUCAGGAUCUGAGGAGAUCUGCAGUUUACACAGUGAGAAACUCAAACUCUUCUGUCUGGAGGACAAACAGCCUGUGUGUUUAGUGUGCAGAGAUUCAGAGAAACACCUCGGUCACACAUUCAGACCCCUCAGUGAAAUGGCUGCAGAAAAUAUGGAGGAGCUCAAUACAGCACUGAAGUCCUUACAGGAGAAACUUAAACACAAUGAAAAUAUAAAAGAAGAGUUUGAGAAAAGUGUUCAACACAUCAAGGCUCAAGCUGAGCACACAGAGCGUCAGAUUAAACAGCAGUUUAAGAAGCUUCAUCAGUUUCUCCGAGAUGAAGAAGAAGCUACGAUCACUGCACUGAGGGAGGAAGAGGAGCAGAAGAAGCAGAUGAUGAAGGAGAAGCUGGAGGAGAUGAACACACACAUCUCAGCUCUUUCACACACGAUCAAAGACACGGAGGAGAUGCUGAAAGCCAAUGACGUCUGCUUUCUGAAGGAGUUUCCAGUCUCAAUGGAAAGAGUCCAGAUCUCACAGCCGGAUCCACAGAUGCCUUCUGGAGCUUUGAUUCAUGUGUCUCGCUACUUGGGCAACCUGCCGUUCAGAGUCUGGAAGAAGAUGCAGGACAUUGUCCAGUACACUCCUGUCAUUCUGGAUCCAAACACAGCAUAUCCAGAGUUUGUUGUGUCUGAUGAUCUGACCAGUGUGACGUUCAGCGAGAACAAACAACCAGUUCCUGAUAAUCCAGAGAGAUUCGACUAUUACCCUUUUGUUUUGGGUUCAGAGGGUUUUAACUCAGGAAAACACUGCUGGGACGUGGAGGUUAAUAGGAGUUUUGAGUGGAGAGUUGGAGUAACAACAGCAUCAAACCAGAGGAAGGGCCAGGUUUUCUUAAACUCUGAUGUCUGGAGUGUGUAUUAUUAUGCACAUGGAUUGUUAGCGACUGGUUUUUGUGGAUCAGAUCUUGAUCGAGUGCGAGUUGAUCUGGAUUAUGACAGAGGAACAGUGUCUUUCUCUGAUCCUGUAAAUAACGAACAUCUACACACUUACACAACCACCUUCACUGACACUGUGUUUCCAUUUAUCUAUUGUUGGCGUUCCUCUCUCAGGAUCUUACCGUUUAGUAGUCAGUAAAACAUUACAGCUGUACAUGUAGUCUUACAUGAGUAAUCUGUAUAUUAUUAUAUAUUGUAUUGUAUAUCAGUCUAUUUCGAGAAUAUAUAGCCUAGUAAAUAAAAAACGUUAUAAUUUGGUGUGGGUGACAGUGGGUAGCGCUCUCGCCUCACAGCAAGAAGGUCACUGGUUUGAGCCUCGGCUGGGUCCGUUGGCAUUUCUGUGUGGAGUUUGCAUGUUCUCCCUGCAUUCGCGUGGGUUUCCUCCGGGUGCUCCGGUUUCCUCCACAAGUCCAAAGACAUAAGGUACAUGUAAAUUGGGUAAGCUAAAUUGUCCGUAGUGUAUGAAGGUGAAUGAGAAUGUAUGGGUGUUGAAAAAAAACGUAUAAAUAAUUUGGUGUGUUUGAAAAUCAUGGCUAUUGAUUACUUAAAUCUUGAAAGAAUUGUCAUCAGUUGUUUGCAUAACAGCUAUUGAUACUGAGGACAAAGCUCUAAAGUACAAUACUGUUUUUCUUUAUUUUAUAAAAGAGCGCUAUGCUAUAGAAAACAAUGCAUUAUGGGUAAUACAUGUUUUUGAGAGUAGCCAACAGCAGUAAACCUGACACUGAAUUGAAUCUCA